AUGCUAAAUAUAUUUCAUAUACAACAUUGGGGUAGUAGUUCAGAUUGCAGCGUGGUUACUUACCGAAGGAAAAACACUAUGUCGGCUACAGAGUUAGGGGAUUUACUGGUGGAGUAUGUCAGGCUCCGAGGAGAUUACAUGUCCGAAGAACAAUAUCAAAAUAUGCUAUUGAAGGACAUAUAUGAUCAGUUAGGAAAGUUUGUGGAGUACAUGGAAGAUCGAGAGACAAUAAUGCCGUUUACCGUUAAUUGUGAUGAUGAGGGCUGGAUACAUGGAAACGAAGGUAUUAGGAAAAUGAAGACGGAAGGAAACAGACCUAUAUGUAGGCUUAUGGUAGGGGCUCUAUAUUUUAUGAACAAAAACAAAUGGAAACGGCAAAGUGGAGAAGGGGCGGACACUGGAGAUGACCGCCUAAAGGACUAG